GAGCGGAUUUAGUAGUGCCGUGACUUUCAAUCGUUGCACUGAGUGUGAAUUCGUACAAUAACGGUGCGGUGUGGUUUUACGGCGAUUUGGUAUAGGUUCGUGUUUUAUUUUUCAUGAAUGGUGGUUAUGAUUGAAAUUGGGUGUGAUUCUUAACAUUAAAUUGUCAUGAAUUUUCGUGGAAGAAGGGAGCUAGUGCUACGAUGAAUCAAGUGAGGUGAAUUUAAAGCUGACAUUUUCAGCCAAGUUGCGUUACUGUGACGGUGGUGGCGAUGGUGGGAAGUGAUUGAUCGUGACUUGGCGUGAGAGGAAAAGAGAGAGCGAGCAGGAUAGUGAGUGUAUGCGCGCACGAGAGAGAGAGAGAGAGAGAGAAUCCGGAAACAAAAGAAUCGCCUUCGUGUCCUUCCUGUGAAGAGUGUCGAGCGUAUGCGAGCGGGAACCAGCAAAGGGACGAUCCGAAGGGAAACACAAAAAUCAAUAAAUUUCAUUCAAGGUUAUUCACAUCGGGGUUCACAUCGCUCACAGCUUUAGCCGAGAGUCGAAAUAUGAAUUUCGGCAUGCCACAAUAACACAAUUCGCACAAACGACAAACCACGGUGCAAAUCCCUGGACGGGAGGAAAACAAGAGCAUCUCCGGAAGAGGCAGCCAGCCGAAUGUGAACGGACAGGCAUAAAUAGAUUGGAUUUUUUUUGGUGUGUGCUCAAAUAUCCUGCUGCAGUGGAAGAAUAUCUUCCGACGAAGAUCUCAAAACAGAUAUCUUUUUGCCACAACAAACACAAAAAACGAGGCAAGAAAACGUGACAACAAAUUUUCCCUCUGAUUGCGCACCGUCAUCGUCCCGUUUCCGUCCUCUCCGAGCUCAAGCGUAAAGUCUGCCAAAUGUUAAAGUUGUUUUGCUGAAGCCCUAUCUGGUGAGGGGAAAUUUCAGUCAGUGAAAUUUCAGUCGGAAUGAAAAAUGUAGAUUUAAUUUCGAGUUUUGUGUGAAGUUUUUUUUUUACUGGAAAACUCGAAGGGUUCGAUUCCCGGUAGGAAAAUUGGGUCAAAUUCAAAUUUCUUGGCGCAGAUUUUGUCGGUCUGACUGGUCGCGUGUUGUCCUGAGGCAGUCGUAGCUGAAAAUACAUAAGAAAGGGGUUUCUGCGGCGAGGAACGAGAAACUGGACCAACCCGAAGGAAGCCGAGCAAGCAAUGGCUGGAAGACAUGUUCGUCGGGUUUGUGCGGUCGCGGUGAACCGAAGCGAGGCGAAACGGUGAAUCUAGGAGCGUGAUAGUGUGAUUUGUGCGUGUGUGACUAGGGAAAAAGAAAUACGUAAUCGGACCAAAUUUUGCAACUGCUCGACACAAUGAAGGUCACGACAGAUCGAAGAAUUCGCGGGUUGGUGCGGUGCUUCCAGUGCCUGCUGGUGGCAUGGUGCUGUGAUCUGGGCCUCGGAGUGGAGUGGGACCACAUGGUGGACUUUGAUCACAACUACCGACUGCUGUGGACAGCCAACAGUCAGGAUAUAAUGUUCGAGAUGCAAGUCCGGACGCAUGGAUACGCGGGAUUGGGAUUCUCUCGCGAUGGAACGCUCGCUGAUUCGGAUAUCGUCAUCGGAUGGAAUGAGCAGGGCAAUGUGCAUUUUCAGGAUCGACACAUACGAGCCGAGAGCGAUGGGAAUCCAAUCAUUGAUCCGUCACAGGACUAUUCCCUGCUGAUGGGGUACGAAAAUAAGACCCAUACAGUGUUACGAUUCAAACGGAAUCUGGAUACCUAUGAUACUAAGGAUGAUUUUCCAAUUACGAAUGAUACAAUGCGAGUGAUAUUUAUGUACUCGUCGGAGGAACCCCAGGGGAGAUCAACAGAGCUACCGGGGCCGCUGGAAGCUUUCAAGGGAUCCCGAUCAUUGUUCCUUACGCAGAGGACCAACCAGAAGCCACUGGCGAAUGCCGCCGAUGUCAACAUUCUUGAGCUGAGGAAUGAGGAUGUAGAACUGCCGGAGAGUGACGAGAGUCUGUAUUGGUGCAAGAUAUUCAAGCUCGAUGAUUUCCACCAGAAGCAUCAUCUUGUGAGGUACGAACCCGUGUUCGAUUCAUCCACCAGCGUGCUCUACCUGAACCACAUGAUCCUGUACGAGUGCCAAGGCUUGUCGAAGGACUACGAAAUGCUGUCCCGGCAACGGGGCCAGGCCUGCUUCCGCAUGCAAGCCAUGCACUGCAACACCGUCGUUGCCAACUGGGCACGUGGAUCGGACGGAUUCAGCUUCCCGCAAGAAGCCGGCUACCCACUGGAUUCGCAUCAGGCCACCUACUACAUGCUGGAAACGCACUACAAUAAUCCAGAUUAUUCGUACGAUUUUUCAUCGUUCUAUCGGAAGAAUCUAAGCAAACAGCAACGCAAUAUGAACAUUCAUGGCGAUGAUGAUGACGACGACGACGACGACGUCGACCACCAGGACGACGGUGAACACCGUGAUGAUUACCAGCAGGAAAACCGGGACACCGUCUACAGGGACGACGGUGAAGUGGAGGACGAGCAGCAGGUGGUUGAUAAUUCCGGCCUGAAGCUGUACUACACGCAAGCGUUGAGGAAUUUUGAUGCCGGUGUUCUAUCGGUUGGAAUGGAUCCAAACUGGCGCCACAUAAUUCCGCCCGGCCAGGAAAAGGUAGUUUCCGAAGGGCACUGCAUCGGCGAGUGCACUAGGCAAAGCUUCCCCAAGGAAGGAAUUAAUAUUUUCGCCGUGAUGACGCGCACUCACCUCAUCGGACGGCAGGUGAAGCUGAGACAGAUUCGUGGAAAUGAAGAGCUCCAGCCAAUUGUGUACGACACCAACGUCGAUCCGAGCUAUCAGGACUACCGGCGGUUGCCGGCACCGGUGAAGGCACUCCCCGGUGACAGCCUGAUUGCCGAAUGUAUCUAUGACAGCUCUUCGCGGAAAUCCAUCACUCUGGGUGGCAUGACGACUCGAGAGGAAAUCUGUCUUGUCCUCACGCUUUAUUACCCGAGACAGAAGGCACUGACAUCGUGUCACUCACUGCCAAGCUUGCCGACUGUGAUGCACUCGCUGGGAAUCCAGGAGCUGACGCCCGGGUCGAAUCCGGUGGAAAUCUCCUCACCACCAGAGCUGGCCGGGAUGACCCUCGAGAAGCGGCUCACCUCGUACGAUUGGGCCAAUCAGUUCGAGAGCUUCCAGUACGUAACUCGGCUGGGAUCCUUCAAGCCACUGUGCUGGACUCCGACCAACACCAUGCUGCCGGGCAUCGAAAUGGAAUCGUACGUCAACAACAUCACCCGCCAUUGGAUGCCAGCGAAAAAGUUAAACAAAAUUCACACCAACAUGGUCACCGAGCCGAUACAGGACGGUGAACCGAACAUGAUCGACAUGCCGGCCAUGGACGAUCACGAAUCGACCAAUCUGAUCGACACGGACCUGAAAGCCAAAGUGACGCCCCGUCCCGAUGGCAGCACCCACUCGCAGGGAGGUAAUCGUCCAACUUCGAACAGUGCCAGUGGACGGGGCACUGCGGAGCUGGGGCGGACGCUACUGGCCACAGCGAUUCUCGUGGCCACAAGCAGAAUCGUAAUCAGAUUAAUUUAAUUAAAAUGCGAACCCCAACUGACCCCGCUUCCCUUUCGCCUCGGUUGAGCUUUGUAGGUAUCGUACAAAAGGGAUAAAUUCAAAAUGAGAGAAAUAAUUAAAUCCACUACAAGAGAAACCGAAUGCGCGAGCACUUGCCGUGGAUGUCGAAAUUAGAAAAGUUGAAAAUCUGAUAUCGCUCGCCAAAACAGAAAAAAAAAAUAAAGAGAAUUGGUCGUUUUUUUCCAAUUGUAUUACAAUUUCGUAGCUCUGAAUAUCAACCGAGUGAUGGAUAAAAGGGGCAUGAUGACGACUCGUAAAUGCUUUGUGCAGCUCUUUACAAAAAAAAAUGCAAAGCAAAUAUCGAGAAAGCAAUAAAAUUACCGAGAGGCACUGAUGCGAAUCCUGGUAAAACGAAAAAUAAUUUGUUGUAGAAACGUGAUUUGGAUGUUAUGAAAAAUGAUAACCAUCCGGUACCAAUGUAGGCAUUGUGGAUCAUUUUGUAUCGUGUAAAUAUCUGAACGUUGGUGGAUGUAUUUCGGAUUGAAUAAAUAGAAUAUGGGAAGCAUUUUGUAUCGAGCCGUGUCGAGGGCGGAUCCGUGCGUAGGCUAUUUAUGAUAUGAUUUUACUUGCUCGUUACCAAAGAGUUCUAGCAGAGUA